AAUUUAUUAAUUAAUCCAACGAAAAUUAAAAAUACUUGUUUUAUGUGUUUUAAAGAAAGUAAUGACUUGAUAAAUAUUUAUGAAAAUUGUAUAUAUACAGCGAGCCCAUGUCAAUCCAUUAGACUAGCAAGUGUAAUAAAAGAUAUUUUUCCAAUUCAAAAAAUAUUUCUACAACAAGCUUGUCAAUAUUGCAUUGAGUUGAUUCUUAACAUUUACACUCACCUAAGAAGGAAAAAGUACAUUGAAGGGAUGCUGCUGAAUAUUAUACAGCAUAUUUCUAUAAAAUUAAAUAGCCAUUCAUCUCUAAACAAUCUUCAUGUAAAAGUUGAAUUACCUGCUGAAAAAUGUAAUUUACAUGAGGAGAACUCAAACAAAGAAAAUUUGAAUGUUAAUGCAAUAGAAGAUGCAAAUAGUCAAGAAUUAAUUUUCAAUACUGCAGAAAACAUAUACCCUAUGUGUUUUAAAGUACUAAAAGGAGAUUUAAAACUUCAUCUCAGGGGACACAGAAAAAUAAACAGAAAAUUGUAUACUUGUGAUGUAUGUGAAUAUACUACAAAAUGUAAGACAACAUUAGAAGGUCAUAUUAAUAGUAAACAUUUGAAAUCUAGACCAUACAUUUGUUUUUGUUCUAAAAAAUUUUAUACUAAAAGUGCAUUAGCAGAACACAAUAAAACUCACACACAUAAGAAAGAUAUAAUUUGUGAAAUUUGUGGAGAAACAUUUUACUAUAACAAAAGUUUAAACAAUCAUUUGAAGUUGCACUCAAAUGACAAAACAUUUGAGUGUCUAGUCUGUAAUCAAAGAUUUGUGAACAAGAGUCGUGUGAAUUAUCAUAUGAAAAGGAAACAUGGAGAAAAAAGAGAGAUAUGUUAUGUGUGUGGUAAGAAAUUUGUUUUGCAGAAAGAAUUGAUACGGCAUAAGAAAUUGGUUCAUAAAUAUUGUGAUGUUGUUCUUAAUAAUCAAGAAUUAUUUCUAGAUUCUUUGCCGAGGUGAGAAAAAUAUUAUUGGUACUUGUAAAUCAGAUUGUCCUCACUGAAAAUUCUUUUCACAAUUGUUGUUACACACUGAAAACACAAAUUUAAAUAAAAGAGCUCAGUUUAAUAAAAAUAUAUUUAUUUGCAUUAAACAAAGAAUAUAAGAUUAAAUAAGUGUCUUAAU